AUGACAGAGAAACUCCCAGAUUUUACAAAGUUAUCUGAUAGAGUCAGUCGGAUUCUUGGUCAAAAUUCUAAUAAAUUUACUUUACAAGAAAAACCAGAAUAUAUUCCCGUGUUGUUUAAUUCUAUCAAACAACUUGGGGAGAACAUUAAUAUUAGUGAUAUUAUUAUUACACAUUGGCAUUAUGAUCAUGUAGGUGGCGUGGAUAAUAUUCUUCUUCACGUUAAGGAGAAUAAUUUACCCAUUCCCGUAAUUCAUAAAAAACUUUAUCCCAAACGAGACAGUCCUCAUCAUCAAACAAUUUUUCAUCAAAUUAAUGAUAAUCAAAUAUUUCACACAGAAGGUGCAACCCUUCAAACAAUUUACACUCCAGGACAUAGUGAAGAUCAUUUAGGAUUUUAUUUAAAAGAAGAAAAUGCAAUAUUCACCGGUGAUUCGAUAUUAGGACAAGGUACAACAGUGUUUGAAGAUUUAAUAUUAUAUUUGGAUUCUUUGGAAAAAAUGAAAAAAUUUUCACCAAAUAUGUUGUAUCCUGGUCAUGGUCCCACAAUUGAAAAUGGAACGGAAAAGAUAAAAGAAUAUAUUGAUCACAGAAUGAGACGUGAAAAUCAAAUUUUGGAAGUAUUCAAAAAUGAGAAUCGACCAUUAACUCCCGCAGAAAUUGUAGAAAUUAUUUACGCAGAGUAUCCGAAAUCAUUAUGGCCUGCAGCUGAAAGGGGGGUAAUCAUACAUUUGAUAAAAUUGGAGAAAGAAAAUAAAGUUUAUAGAGUUGAUAAUGAUAACGAAGAUAAUUUUAAACGGAAAUGGGCAUUGGCUAAAAUUUAA